AAUGAUGUGUGGCAAUUGAAAUUGUUGACAGAUACAUAAAUAGUUAUUCCAAAUAAACUAAUUUAAAUAUUAUUUGUAAAUAAACAAAGUAGUUACCCCUUAUCAUAGGAUGAUUUUAAGUUGUACCGUUAUUACAUAGAAUCAUUUGAAACCUUUUCGUUUCACUCCAUUGCGUUGAUAUUGACCAACAAUAAUUUUAUAUCUAUAUUUGUAUAUACGUGGUACAGCUCGAAAUCGACACAAUGGAUCCUUGUGAAUGUGUUUGGGAUCAUGAAUUUGCCAUGAGAAGAUUGCUGAAUUUGUUGCGGAAUUCUCAAACUGUGUGUACAGAUUCUGAAUGUUUUGAUGAAGGACCUGCAAGUAGUCCCCCAGGUACAGAAAAUGCUCUGAUGGUGACUCUGAUAUGGGUAAUUGUGUUCUUCUUAUAUCUUUACCGACCAAGUACUAGAAGGGCUGUGUUAAACUCGAAACCAUCAAAUCAGGAUUCGCAAGGUGCUCCACCAAACCCUCCUCCAUCGGCUAUGUAACGUUACCAGCAUAUGAUAAAUAUUCGUCUAUUAAAUUGAAGCUUCCUCUAAUGAAAUAAUUCUUGCACUCCUCAAUUUUAUUUAAUAGGAAAAUAUUUCUAUCGACACAAAUAGGGCAAGGGUAUAAUUGAUUAUUAUAAAUAUGAUUUUUAAAACAGUAGUUGCGAAGUGGUGCACAUUUAAAGUGAGAUAAAAUAUUUAGAUAUGUUCCCAAAGGUGUGAGGGUAUUAAAGAUAUAUGAUUUAUUGAUAAUGAAUUUUUUGAAAGUUGAAAUAUUUUCAGAUUAUAUAAUUAUUCAAUUGCUUUAACAGUAAAAAACCAGGGGUACCUGCUGUUUUUAAGUAUUCAUUCCAAUACUAUAUUUUAUAUUAAUGAGACAGAAUAUUAUCAGAAUAAAAAUAUGGAAAUAU